AUGAAAUCUUCCGAGUUCGCCAAAGAGAAAGAAGAAGAAAUUAAUGAAAAUCCUAUGGAUCCUUCGCUAUGUGAAGCGAUAAACACUGCUGUAUCCGUAAUUGAAUCAAAUGAUUACUCUGACGAAAUUUAUCCUUUAUUUUUAGACAUUUGUAAUGUAUUAGAUAAGCCAGAAACAUACGGUAUGUGCAGGUAUUUAUUAGAAAUUUACAAAAAUACCCAAAAUACUCAAGCAAUAACCACAUUAGAGCAAAUUUCCAAACUAGAUGCGUUUCCAAUUUCAGAAUUUGCUAAUUCAAGUUCUGUACAAGAUUUAAUCGAUAUUUCUGUCAACGUAACAUCAGAAGCGUCUCCAUUUGCAAUUUCAAUAAUAGAUUCGAUAUUAGCAAAGACACAAGAAAGAAAUUACUUAGCUGAAACAAGUCUAUUUCAAAGCCUGAUUUUAUUUUCAGCCAAUUAUGAGCUUUCUUCUUUUCUUGUUCAUCUUCUAAAUACAACUGUAGAUCUUCCACCAGAAAUAGCGAAUUUUUCCUCACCAAUACUAGAAUUUAUUGAUUCGACAGAUGAAAAUCAGCAAAUCAAUGGUUUAAUUUGUUUGACUUUAUUAUAUCAGCAUGGAAUUCAUUUAGACCUUCAAUAUAUCCACAGAUGCUUCGAUAAAUUUGCUGGGGCUUGUUCGAGUACGAUUUUAUAUUGGUUAAUUAAACUUUUAGGAUUUCUUCCAAAUAUUCCUUUAGAAUUAAUUGAACAAUUCCUAAAUCUACUUCCAAAUGAAACUCUCCAAGAGCAAAUCAUUUAUGUUUUAUAUAAAAACAUAGACGACGUCGAAAUUAAUGUUUUAAUUAAUAUUAUCAACGAAAUAUUAAAUCAUCUGGAUGAAAUGGUAUACAAGACAAGGGGAUAUGCUAUUGAAAUACUUGCCAUCCUCGUUGACCGAACACUUUACGUUUCAAUUGAAAUAUUCCAGUAUUUCAUUGUUUAUUUAGAAUCCUGCCCAGAAAAUAAAAACGUUCUUCAUGGUCUCCUCAAAAUGUUUAUAUCUCCUUUGGCAGAUGAACAAUCCAAAGCUCAGAUGUUUGAGAUUUGCAAAGAAUACAAAUCUGUAUUUGAAGAAAUAGUUGGUCUAGCAGAUGAAGACAUAUCGAACGCGGCAAAUAUAAUUUUAAGUUUUAUUGAUCCAGAUUGA